UGUCCUUCUCUCAUUCAUCUCUUUCCCGAGUCCUGACGAAGCCACACACACAGACAGCGAGACAGAGAGAGGUACUCGAAUUGGUGAAAUUGGCUGGGUGUGAUCACAGCAAUGGACCAUGCUGAGCUCACCACUGAGCAGGUCUUGAAAAGAGACAUCCCAUGGGAGCAAUACAUGACUACCAAGCUCAUCACUGGCACCUGUCUUCAGCUGUUACGCCGUUAUGAUAAAAGAUCCGAGACUUACAGAUCACAGCUGCUUGAUGAUGAUGGCCCUGCUUAUGUUCAAGUGUUUGUUGGCAUUUUGCGUGAUAUUUUCAAGGAAGAGACGGUAGAAUACGUUCUUGCUUUAAUUGAUGAGCUGCUUACAGCCAACCCAAAAAGAGCAAGACUGUUCCAUGAUACUUCUCUUGUCGAUAAAGAUGUUUAUGAGCCUUUCUUGAGAUUGCUUUGGAAGGGUAAUUGGUUCAUACAAGAGAAGAGCUGCAAGAUUCUUGGUUUAAUAGUGAGUGCAAGGACAAAACCCCAAGGAACUGUCGCAAAUGGAGAAGCCUCAAAUUCAAAGAGUAAAAUCACUAGUAUUGAUGAUGUGUUGAAAGGAUUGGUAGAAUGGCUUUGUGCACAGCUGAAGAAGCCCUCCCAUCCUAGUCGUGGCAUCCCAACUGCCAUCAGUUGCCUUGCAACCCUACUAAAGGAACCAGUGGUUAGAUCUUCUUUUGUUCAAGCAGAUGGGGUGAAGUUACUUGUUCCCUUAAUUUCUCCGGCUUCCACCCAACAAUCUAUGCAGCUUCUGUAUGAAACAUGUCUAUGUGUCUGGCUCCUAUCCUAUUACGAACCUGCAAUUGAGUACUUGGCUACUUCCAGAACACUUCCCCGGCUCAUAGAAGUUAUCAGGAGUUCGACAAAGGAGAAGGUUGUCAGAGUUGUUGUUUUGACCCUGAGGAACUUGCUCUCCAAGGGAACAUUUGGUGCUCAAAUGGUUGACCUUGGACUGCCUCAAAUUGUUCAGAGUUUGAAAGCACAAGCAUGGAGUGAUGAGGAUCUCCUGGAGGGAUUAAAUCAGCUGGAAGAGGGUUUGAAGGAUAACAUCAAGAAAUUAAGUUCUUUUGAUAAAUAUAAGCAAGAAGUCCUCCUUGGCCAUCUUGACUGGUCACCCAUGCACAAAGAUGCAAUAUUCUGGCGUGAGAAUAUUACUAACUUCGAGGAGAACGACUUUCAGAUUCUAAGAGUGCUGAUUACUAUUUUAGACACGUCCAGUGAUCCGAGAGCUUUGGCUGUUGCUUGCUUUGAUAUCUCACAGUUUGUCCAGCACCAUCCGGCUGGAAGAAUCAUAGUAACAGACCUCAAGGCCAAGGAGCGUGUCAUGAAACUGAUGAAUCAUGAGAGUGCCGAGGUUACCAAAAAUGCUCUGCUAUGCAUUCAGAGGCUUUUCCUAGGUGCCAAGUAUGCUAGUUUUUUGCAGGCUUGAACUAUUAUGACGAGCGGUUUAAAUCCCUAUAUGUUGAAGGAUUAGUGUCAAUGACACAGUAGUGUUUCAUAUAUAAUUUGUUGGGGCAAUUCAUUAUCUAAGGCCUUUGGUUAUGAGACAGAUUUCGGAAAUUUAAUUUGUUGUUUUAAUGUUUAGCUUUGGAAUGUCAUUCCUGCAUUAUUAUUGAAUAAAAAUAAAUAAUGUUGUCCCAUUGGGU